AUGGAGUUUCUCAAAGUGAUGUUACAUCUUGUGCUCGGCUUCUUGGGAAUUCAUUCAAAUACAGCUAGUGCAAAUGAAGUCGCCCCACCACUUCCAUCCUCAUCAAUCGCAAGAGAUCCUAAUACGAUACUCAUUCUUUUUGGAACAAGACAUGGCUGCCGAAACCCGGAAAACUAUGUGAACCCAAGCGAUAAGUCAUGGGGACAAGAAGGACCUUUGGAGUUGAAUCGAAUUGGCAAGAAACAAGCUCUUGGACUUGGCAAAGAGAUUCGCAAAUUCAUCGGAAAUGAUUACAUAAAUGCAAACUAUUUUGGGAAAGAGGCUGUCUUCUAUGCGUCAUCAGCGCCAAGAUGCCAGAUGACCCUUCAAACUGCCAUCGCCGGUUUAUACACUCCACUCGGCUUUGCUGAUUGGGAUAAGAGAUACGACAAUUGGUCACCCGUUCCUUACACAAUUGAUGAUCAACUCCUCAGAAUGUACAAUGUGAAGAAUUGCCCGAAAAGUGAUGAAGCUUGGGCUCCAAUCUCGAACGAUUCAUUGCCGUCACUUGCAAAAAUGGAAAGCGAAAACAUUGAGUUGCUCAAAUACAUGGCUGAGAAUACUGGCUGGCAACCAAAAGUUUCUUUGGCAGCUGAUUUGGCAGACAAUAUCAUUAUGAUCGAGCAUACACGAGCGAAAUAUCCACAAUGGAUGAACAAGCCAACACUUGCUGGCUAUGAUAAGAAGAAACUUAUUGCCGCUUAUUCGGAGUUCGCUGAGGCUCACUAUAAGGCUUGUGCCGAACACAUGCCUUGCCGUCAAAUGAUGGGCGGGUAUUGGUUGAAACACACGAUUGAUUCGAUGAAGACAGCCGCCACUGGAAAAGGACCAAAAGUUAUCGGAUAUGCAUCGCACACUGAGGUGACUUUGGCUGUGAUGAAGUUGAUGGGAUACACGAGAAAAGAAUUGACUACAUCAGCCGGUUUCGUUCUUGAGUUCAAGAACACUCCCCAAGCAAUGGUUCGUCUCCUUGAACAUGAUCCAAAUCCCGUCGACAAACAUGUGAUCUACCAGGGCACUCUGAUUCCUGAAUUGUCAUCUCUUCAAGAUUCAAAUGGUUUCAUUCCAUUGGCCGAUUUCGAGAAAGUUAUCGGUCAAUUUGAGAUCUCCGAUUGGGAGACUGCUUGCGGUCGAACAAACAAUUGCCAAAAAGCC